GUCUGUCACUCCCUCUCACACCACCAUGAGAGCCACAGGACACAUGCUGUCCUCCAACACACCCACACACAGACACUGAGAGAGAGAAGAGAGAGAGAGUGUGUAUGAGAGAGUGGAGAGAGAGGGAAAGACAGACUGAGAGAGAGGAGACAGUAGAGAGAGGAAAACGGAAGGAUUUUGUGGUCUCUCCUGAGGAGCUGCUGGUGAAGCUGGGAGCAGGAUGGCUGAAGGAGAAGGAGAUGAGGAGAUCCAGUUCCUGCGAACGGAUGACACGAUAGUGCUCCAAUGUACAGCGACCGUCCUGAAGGAGCAGAUAAAACUGUGCCUGUCUUGUGAAGGCUUCGGCAACCGAUUGUGCUUCCUUGAAACAACGUCCAAUGCCCAGAAUGUGCCCCCUGACCUUGCGAUCUGCGCUUUUGUGCUGGAGCAGUCGCUCUCAGUGCGAGCCCUGCAGGAGAUGCUGGCCAACACCGUGGAGAUGACCGAGGCAGUCGAUUUGGACCAAUGGUCCUCUCAGGGAGGGGGCCAUCGGACCCUGCUGUACGGCCAUGCUAUACUGCUGAGGCACAACCACUCUGGCAUGUACCUCAGUUGCCUGACCACAUCACGGUCACUCACAGACAAGCUGGCCUUUGAUGUGGGCUUGCAGGAAGACUCUACAGGUGAGGCAUGCUGGUGGACCAUCCAUCCUGCCUCCAAGCAGAGGUCAGAAGGUGAGAAGGUCAGAGUAGGAGACGACCUCAUCCUGGUUAGCGUAUCAUCUGAGAGAUACCUGCAUCUGUCAUAUGCCAGCGGGGACCUGAUGGUGGAUGCCUCAUUCAUGCAGACCCUGUGGAACAUGAACCCAGUAUGCUCAGGCUGUGAGCUGGCAGAAGGAUACUUGACUGGAGGUCAUGUUUUGCGUUUGUUCCAUGGUCAUAUGGAUGAGUGUCUGGCCAUACCACCGCCUGAUCAAGGAGAAGAUCAGCGCAAGAUCGCACAGUACGAGUCUGGAGCCGUGUGUAGUCAAGCCCGUUCUUUGUGGAGACUUGAACCUCUGAGAAUCAGUUGGAGUGGUGGCCACAUGAAGUGGGGCCAGGCAUUUCGCAUUCGCCACAUCACCACUGGCCGCUAUCUGUGUCUGGAUGAAGAGAAGGGCCUGAUGGUGCUUGAUCCAGAGAAGGCCAACACCAAGCAGUCUGCCUUCUGCUUCCGUGCCUCCAAGGAGAAGGUGGAGGUGGCAAAGAAGCGGGAUGUGGAAGGUAUGGGCGUACCAGAGAUUAAGUAUGGUGAGUCCAUGUGCUUCGUCCAGCACGUCUCCACUGCCCUGUGGGUCACUUACGCUGCCCUCGAUGCCAAAGCAGCUCGUCUGGGUACCAUGAAAAGAAAGGUCAUUCUGCAUCAGGAGGGCCACAUGGACGAUGCGCUGUUGCUGUCCCGCUCUCAGACGGAGGAAUCUCAGGCAGCACGCAUGAUCUACAGCACCACAGGCCUUUUUACACAGUUCAUCAAGGGGCUGGACUCUCUGAGUGGAAAAAACAGGUCUGUGGGGCCGGUCAUUCUGCCCCUGGACGGUGUCGUCCUCUCCCUACAGGAUCUCAUACACUACUUCCGGCCACCCGAGGAGGAGCUGGAGCACGAGGAGAAGCAAACCAAGCUGCGCUCUCUGCGCAACCGCCAGAACCUCUUCCAAGAAGAGGGGAUGAUUACCAUCGUGCUGGAGUGUGUGGACAGGCUGAACGUGUACAACACUGCUGCGCACUUCUCUGAGUUUGCUGGGGAGGAGGCUGCUGAGUCCUGGAAGGAAAUAGUCAACCUGCUUUAUGAACUGCUGGCCUCUCUUAUCAGAGGGAACCGUGCUAACUGUGCUCUGUUCUGUGAUAAUCUGGACUGGCUGGUCAGCAAACUGGACCGUCUAGAGGCUUCCUCAGGCAUUCUGGAGGUGCUGUACUGUGUUCUGAUUGAAAGUCCUGAAGUCCUGAACAUCAUUCAGGAGAACCACAUCAAGUCCAUUAUCUCUCUUCUCGACAAGCAUGGUCGCAAUCAUAAGGUUUUAGAUGUGCUGCGCUCUCUGUGUGUGUGCAACGGUGUGGCUGUGAGGUCCAAUCAAAAUCUUAUCACAGAAAACCUGCUUCCGCGGCGUGACCUUCUGCUACAGACCAACAUUGUAAAUUAUGUAACCAGUGUGAGGCCCAAUAUCUUCCUGGGGACGUGUGAGGGCUCAACGCAGUAUAAGAAAUGGUACUAUGAGAUGAUCGUGGACUACGUGGAGCCAUUUGUGACGGCGCAGGUAUCACACUUGCGAGUUGGCUGGGCUAUGACUGAAGGCUACAGCCCAUAUCCUGGAGGAGGAGAGGGCUGGGGGGGCAACGGUGUCGGAGAUGAUCUCUACUCAUAUGGGUUCGAUGGCCUUCAUCUGUGGUCAGGACAUGUGUCUCGUCAGGUGGCAUCACCCAGUCAGCACGUCCUGGCAGCAGAUGAUGUCGUGAGCUGCUGUCUCGAUCUGAGCGUGCCCAGCAUUUCUUUCCGCAUUAACGGCCAUCCUGUCCAAGGCAUGUUUGAGAACUUCAACUUAGAUGGCCUCUUCUUCCCCGUCAUAAGCUUCUCGGCUGGAGUCAAAGCUCGAUUCCUUUUGGGUGGUCGUCAUGGUGAUUUUAAGUUCCUCCCUCCCCCUGGCUAUGCUCCGUGCUAUGAGGCACUCCUGCCUAAAGAGAGGAUGCGCAUUGAGCCCAUUAAAGAGUAUAAGCAUGAUUUUGAUGGAGUCAGAAACCUACUGGGCCCCACACAGUCCCUCACACACACCUCAUUUACACCCUGCCCUGUGGACACUGCUCAGAUUGUGUUGCCUCCUCAUUUGGAGCGGAUCAGAGAAAAGCUGGCCGAGAACAUUCACGAGCUGUGGGCUGUUACACGCAUCGAGCAGGGCUGGACCUUUGGACCGUUUCGGGAUGAUAACAAGAAACUGCACCCCUGCCUGGUGGACUUCCAGAGCCUCCCAGAACCAGAGAGGAACUAUAACCUGCAGAUGUCUGGAGAGACUUUAAAGACCCUGCUGGCUCUGGGCUGCCAUGUAGGUAUGGGGGAUGAGAAAGCAGAAGAAAACCUGAAGAAAAUCAAACUGCCCAAAACGUAUGUGAUGACCAGUGGGUACAAACCUGCCCCUCUGGACCUCAGCCAUGUCAAACUCACACCUAAUCAGAAUCAGCUGGUGGAGAAGCUGGCAGAGAAUGGUCACAACGUAUGGGCACGAGACCGAGUGAGGCAAGGUUGGACCUACAGCAUUGUGCAGGACAUUAUGAAUAAGCGUAACCCUCGUCUGGUACCAUACAACUUGCUGGACGAGAGAACCAAGAAAACCAAUAGAGACAGCGUUAACAAUGCCGUACGCACCCUCAUUGGCUAUGGAUACAAUAUCGAGCCCCCAGACCAGGAAAGCAGUGGUCACGCGGUGGACAAUGCACGUGGAGAUAAAGUACGCAUCUUCAGGGCUGAGAAGCAGUACGCUGUGACCUCAGGAAAGUGGUACUUUGAAUUUGAAGCAGUGACCACAGGAGAGAUGAGGGUCGGCUGGGCUCGGCCGAAUGUGCGUGCAGGAACUGAUUUGGGAGCUGAUGAGCUGGCUUAUGUCUUUAAUGGAAACAGGGCUCAGCGCUGGCACAUUGGAAACGAGCCGUUUGGACGGCAGUGGCAGUCUGGAGACGUGGUGGGCUGCAUGAUUGACUUGGUGGAGAUGAACAUCAUGUUCACUCUGAAUGGGGAGAUGCUGAUUAGUGACUCUGGGUCAGAAAUGGCCUUCAAAAACAUUGAGAUUGGAGACGGUUUCAUCCCUGUGUGUGCACUGGGCCUGUCUCAGGUAGGCCGCAUUAACUUAGGCCAGAAUGUUAGCAGCUUGCGCUACUUUGCCAUCUGUGGGCUGCAGGAGGGCUUUGAGCCCUUCGCAAUCAACAUGAAGAGGGACAUCACCAUGUGGUUCAGCAAGAGUCUGCCCCAGUUUGUCCCUGUGCCCACUGAUCACAAUCACAUUGAGGUGUCUCGUGUGGACGGUACAGUGGACAGUGCCCCCUGUCUGAAACUCACCCACAAGACAUUUGGAUCCCAGAAUGCCAACACUGACAUGCUGUUCCUAAGAUUGAGCAUGCCCAUUGAGUUUUAUGAGACAUUUAAAGUGCCCGCAGGCACCACCCCUCUCACCCGUGCCCUCACAAUCCCGGAAGACGAGGUGCUGGAGGUAGAUCCGGACUCAGAUUACGAGGUGCUGAAGAAGUCAGCCAGCCGGAAAGAGCAGGAGGAGAAAGAGAAGGAGCCAUCGGUGGCCAAAGAUAUCCCCGGCAUCAAAGAGAAUGACAAAGACACUGCCUCUGAGAAAGGAAAAAAGAAAGGUUUCCUGUUUAAGGCUAAAAAGGCAGCAUUGAUCACACCUCCCCCUCCUCCCCCUGUUGUGCCCCGCUUGGUGGAAGAUGUGGUGCCAGAUGACCGUGAUGACCCAGAGAUCAUCCUCAACACCACUACAUAUUAUUACUCAGUGCGGAUCUUCGCUGGUCAGGAACCUGGUGGAGUUUGGGUGGGAUGGGUCACCCCUGACUACCACCAGUAUGAUCUCAACUUUGAUCUCUUCAAAGUGCGCACUGUCACAGUGACCGUGGGAGAUGACAGGGGCAACAUUCACGACAGCAUAAAGAGGAGCAACUGCUACAUGGUGUGGGGAGGGGACUUGAUCAGUGGUUCGCAACAACGUUUCAGCCAGGAGGAUUUGGUUGUUGGCUGUCUGGUCGACUUGGCAACCGGUCUUAUGACUUUCACAGCCAAUGGGAAGGAAAUCAACACGUUUUACCAGGUGGAGCCCAACACCAAGCUUUUCCCUGCUGUGUUUGUGCAGCCCUUCAGUCAGAACAUGUUGCAGUUUGAGCUGGGCAAGCUAAAGAACAUAAUGCCUCUCUCAGCAGCCAUGUUCCGUAGUGAGCGAAAGAACCCAGUUCCACAGUGCCCCCCUCGUCUGGACACGGAGAUGCUCACUCCAGUAAUCUGGAGCCGCAUGCCCAAUCACUUCCUGAAGCCGGAGGUGGGCAAAGUGAGUGAGAGGCACGGCUGGAUGGUAGAGUGCACCGAGCCGCUCACCAUGAUGGCUCUUCAUAUCCCCGAGGAAAACAGGUGUAUUGACAUCCUGGAGUUAUCGGAGCAUCAUGACUGGCUGAAGUUCCACUACCACACACUGAUGCUUUACUGUGCAGUCUGUGCACUGGGUAACAACCGCGUGGCUCACGCCCUCUGCAGCCAUGUGGACGAAUCACAGCUUUUCUAUGCCAUUGAGAACACCUACCUGCCUGGCCCACUGCGCAGUGGCUACUAUGACCUGCUCAUCAGCAUCCACCUGGAGUCUGCCAAACGCAACCGCCUGGGAACCAACCGCGAGUUCAUUGUGCCAAUGACAGAGGACACACUCAGCAUCACUCUUUACCCUGAUGCUGAGAAGGCCCAGGACCUUCCUGGUGUGGGCCUCACCACCUGCCUGAGGCCCAAGCUCCACUUCUCUCCCAUCAACUUUGUGGGCACUGACCCUGACCUGUACACUCUCAGCCCUAUCUUCCCUCUGCAGGAACUGAAGACCAAGUCUCUGAGUAUGCUGACUGAGGCUGUCAUGGAUGGCAGUCAGGCCAUGCGUGACCCAGUAGGGGGCAGCGUUGAAUUCCACUUCGUCCCCAUCCUCAAACUCAUCAGCACUCUCCUCAUCAUGGGCAUCUUCAAUAACGAAGACGUCAAACACAUCCUGAAGAUGAUUGACCCCAACGUGUUCGGAGAUGCCAAAGAGGAAGAGGGAGGAGGAGAGGGGGAAGAAGAGGCUGCUGCCAAGGAGAAGGGAGAGGAAGCUAAGGAGGAAGAGGAGGCUGCAGAAGGAGAGCUGGUGGAUGAAGGCGUGGGAGAGGAAGAGGAGGAUGAGGAGCUAAAAGCCCUCAAAAAGGAGGAAGGAGAAGAGGGAGGAGAGACAGAGAAGCCAGGGGAGGAGCAGGGAGGAGAAAAGGUGGAUGGGGAGAAGGCAGAGGAGGAGAAGGAGGCAGAGGAAGGAGGAGGCGAGGGACAGGAGGAAGCAGAGGAAGCACCAGAGGAAGGACUACUGCAAAUGAAACUGCCAGAGUCGGUCAAACUGCAGAUGUGUACCCUGCUGCAGUUUUUCUGUGACUGUGAGCUCAGGCACCGAGUGGAGGCUAUCGUUGCCUUUUCUGAUACAUUUGUGCAGAACAUCCAGAGUAACCAGCGUGAGCGCUACAAUGAGCUUAUGAGAGCCUUCACCAUGUCGGCCGCUGAGACGGCCCGCAGGACCCGCGAGUUUCGCUCACCUCCACAAGAGCAGGUUAUCAUGCUGACUAACUUUAAGCACAGUCCUGAUGAUGAGGAGUGCCCAGUGCCAGAAGAGGUGCGGGAAUAUCUCCAGCUGUUCCACAAUGACAUCCUGAACCACUGCGGUGUGCAUAUGGAAGAGGAAGAGGAGGAGGAAGAGGUGGAUACCUCAGUAAGAGGAAGACUGCUUAAGCUGGUGGAAAAAGUUAAGAACCUCCGCAAGAAGCAAGAAGAAGAGGAGCCUGAACCUGAAGAAGAGCCCAAGCCUAGUACUCUCCAGGAGUUGAUCUCUCAUACAAUGAUUCACUGGGCCCAGGAGUCUUUCAUCCAGAACCCAGAGCUGGUGCGCAUGAUGUUCAGCUUGUUGCACCGACAGUAUGACUCUCUGGGCGAGUUGAUCCGGGCCCUGCCCAAGGCCUAUGCCAUCAAUGCUGUGUCCAUGCAGGACACAAUGGACCUGCUAGAGUGCCUGGGCCAGAUUCGCUCACUGCUGAUUGUUCAGAUGGGCCCAGAAGAGGAGAGACUUAUGAUUCAAAGCAUUGGGAACAUCAUGAAUAAUAAGGUGUUCUAUCAGCACCCCAAUCUGAUGAGAGCACUAGGUAUGCACGAGACUGUUAUGGAGGUCAUGGUCAAUGUGUUGGGAGGUGGAGGAGAUUCAAAGGAGAUUCGAUUCCCCCAAAUGGUGACAAACUGCUGUCGCUUCCUGUGUUACUUCUGUCGUAUCAGUCGUCAGAACCAACGCUCCAUGUUCGACCAUCUGUCUUACCUGUUGCAGAACAGUGGCAUUGGCCUGGGAAUGCGUGGGUCUACUCCGCUGGAUGUAGCUGCAGCCUCCUGUAUCGACAACAAUGAGUUGGCUUUAGCUCUGCAGGAGCAAGACCUUGAGAUGGUGGUGACAUACCUAGCUGGCUGUGGUCUGCAGAUGUGUCCCAUUCUGCUUUCUAAGGGCUAUCCUGAUAUUGGAUGGAAUCCUUGUGGAGGAGAGCGAUAUCUGGACUUCCUCCGCUUUGCAGUAUUCGUUAACGGUGAGAGCGUAGAGGAGAACGCUAACGUGGUAGUGCGUCUGCUGAUUCGACGGCCCGAAUGCUUCGGCCCAGCCCUGAGAGGAGAGGGUGGGGCAGGUUUGCUGGCUGCCAUGGAGGAUGCCAUUAAGAUCUCAGAAGAUCCAGCCAGGGAUGGGCCUACACCUAAGAAAGACAGACGCUUCAUGUUUGGUGGGGAGGAGCAGCAGGAGGAGAACAGGGUGCACCUUGGAAAUGCCAUCAUGUCAUUCUACUCUGCUCUAAUUGACUUGCUGGGUCGUUGUGCCCCUGAGAUGCAUUUGAUCCAGGCUGGUAAAGGUGAAGCUCUGAGAAUCAGGGCUAUCUUAAGAUCUCUUGUGCCUAUUGAAGACCUCGUGGGAGUCAUCAGCCUGCCUGUGCAGAUUCCAACUUUUGGCAAAGAGGGUCAGACUGUCGAACCUAAGAUGUCUGCCAGUUUUGUGCCAGACCACAAAGCCUCCAUGGUGUUGUUCUUGGACAGAGUGUACUGCAUUGAAAACCAGGACUUCCUGCUGCAUGUGUUGGAGGUGGGCUUCCUGCCGGACAUGAGGGCUGCAGCAUCUCUAGACACGGCGGCGUUCAGUACCACGGAGAUGGCUCUAGCUCUGAACCGUUAUCUGUGUUCCGCUGUGCUGCCACUGCUCACAAAGUGUGCCCCACUGUUUGCUGGCUCGGACCACCGUGCCAUUAUGAUUGACUCAAUGCUGCACACCAUCUACAGGCUGUCACGUGGCCGUGCCCUCACCAAGGCCCAGAGGGAUGUCAUUGAGGACUGCCUCAUGUCCCUAGUCAAGUAUCUGCAUCCAUCAAUGCUACAGCACCUGCUGAGGAGACUUGUGUUUGAUGUGCCAAUUCUCAAUGAGUAUGCCAAGAUGCCACUGAAACUGCUGACUAAUCACUAUGAGCGCUGCUGGAAGUACUACUGCCUACCCAACGGCUGGGCUAACUUUGGCAUCACAUCAGAGGAGGAGUUGCAUCUCUCACGCAAACUGUUCUGGGGAAUCUUUGAGUCUCUGGCACACAAGAAAUUUGAUGCAGAGCUGUUCAAAAUCGCUAUGCCAUGCAUCUGUGCCAUUGCUGGUGCCAUCCCUCCAGACUACGUAGAUGCAAGCUAUUCUGCAACAGAGAAGAAAGCCACUGUUGAUGCUGAGGGCAAUUUUGAUCCCAGACCUGUGGAGACCACCAACACCAUCAUCCCAGAGAAACUGGAUGCCUUCAUUAACAAAUAUGCAGAGCACACUCACGAUAAGUGGGCUUUUGAGAAGAUCCAGAACAACUGGACAUACGGAGAAACGCUGGAUGAGAUUGCCAAGACACAUCCCAUGCUUCGACCAUACAAGACAUUUUCUGAAAAGGAUAAAGAGAUCUAUCGCUGGCCCAUUAAAGAGUCUAUUAAGGCCAUGCUGGCUUGGGAGUGGACUAUAGAGAAGGCCCGAGAUGAAGGAGAGAAGGUAGAAAAGGCUGCUACCACUGCCACCAGGAAGAUUUCCCAAACUGCUCAGGCUACAUAUGAUCCCAGCCAGGGAUACUCUCCCCAGCCAGUGGACUUAGCUACCAUGGCUCUGUCCAGAGAAUUGCAGUCAAUGGCAGAGCAACUGGCUGAGAAUUACCACAACACCUGGGGACGGAAGAAGAAGAUGGAGCUUCAAGCCAAAGGUGGCGGAACCCAUCCUCUGCUUGUUCCUUAUGAUACGCUGACGGCCAAGGAGAAAUCCAGAGACAGGGAAAAAGCCCAAGACUUGCUUAAAUUCCUUCAGUUUGAAGGAUAUGCUGUCACCAGGGGUCUGAAGGACAUGGAGCAGGAGAUUUCUUCCAUCGAGAAGCGUUUUGCUUAUGGCUUCCUACAGAAGCUGCUGAAGUGGAUGGAAAUUGCUCAGGAGUUCAUUGCUCAUCUCGAGGCUGUUGUGAGCAGCGGCAGAGUUGAGAAAUCCCCCCAUGAGCAGGAAAUUAAAUUUUUUGCCAAGAUCCUGUUGCCUCUAGUAAACCAGUACUUUAAGAAUCACUGUCUCUACUUUCUGUCCACUCCUGCCAAAGUGCUGGGCAGUGGUGGCCAUGCCUCCAACAAGGAGAAAGAGAUGAUUGCCAGUAUCUUCUGUAAAUUGGCUGCUCUAGUGAGGCACAGAGUUUCCCUCUUUGGAACUGAUGCAUCAGCUGUAGUAAACUGUCUCCACAUCCUGUCCCGUUCACUGGAUGCCAGGACUGUGAUGAAGUCCGGCCCGGAGAUCGUAAAGGCUGGCUUGCGCUCCUUCUUUGAGAGUGCUGCUGAUGACAUUGAGAAGAUGGUUGAGAACCUCAAACUGGGCAAAGUGUCCACCAAAAAUCAGGUUAAAGGGGUGUCUCAGAACAUUAACUACACCACUGUUGCCCUGCUGCCAGUGCUUACUUCUCUUUUCGACCACAUCGCCCAGCAUCAAUUUGGAGAUGAUGUGAUCUUGGAUGACUUGCAGAUAUCCUGCUAUCGCCUCAUGUGCAGCAUUUACUCUGUGGGCACAGUUAAGACCCCUCAUGCUGAAAAGCUAAGGCCCGCUCUUGGGGAGUGUCUGGCUCAUCUGGCUGCUGCUAUGCCUGUGGCAUUUUUGGAGCCCAACCUCAAUGAGUUCAAUGCAUACUCAGUCUAUACAACCAAAACACCAAGAGAGAGAGCAAUCUUGGGUCUGCCCAGUCAGGUGCAGGAGUUGUGCCUGGACAUCCCUGAGCUGGACGUGCUGAUGAAGGAGAUCGGAGACCUGGCAGAGUCCGGGGCCCGCUAUACUGAGAUGCCCCAUGUUAUUGAAAUUACCCUGCCCAUGCUGUGUAACUACCUCCCCCGCUGGUGGGAGAGGGGACCAGAGAGCUUCCCUGAACAGGAAGGACAGCUGUGCACAGAUGUCACCUCCGAACACCUCAACCAGCUCCUGGGCAGCAUCAUGAAGAUAGUGGUCAAUAACCUGGGCAUUGAUGAGGCCUCCUGGAUGAAGAGACUAGCUGUGUUCGCCCAGCCCAUUGUCAGCAGGGCCAAGCCAGAAAUGCUGAAGUCUCACUUCAUCCCCACCAUGGAGAAGCUCAAGAAGCGAUCAGGAAAGGUGGUUGCCGAAGAGGAGCAGCUGCGCAUGGAGGGGAAGACUGAGGUGGACAGCGAAGGCGGAACAAUUCGGGACGAGUUUGCUGUGCUCUGCCGAGACCUUUACGCCCUCUACCCAUUGCUCAUCCGCUACGUGGACAAUAACAGGGCGAGGUGGUUGACUUGCCCUGAUCCUGAUGCUGAAGACCUCUUCAGGAUGGUGGGAGAAGUUUUCAUCUUCUGGUCCAAAUCUCAUAACUUCAAGCGUGAGGAGCAGAACUUUGUGGUGAUGAAUGAGAUUAAUAACAUGUCCUUCCUCACAGCUGACAGCAAGAGCAAGAUGAGCAAGGCGGGGGACGGAGAGGGUGGAGGUGCUGACGCAGAACGUACCAAGAAGAAACGGCGUGGUGAUCGCUACUCUGUGCAGACGUCACUGAUUGUAGCUGCUCUGAAGAAGCUGCUCCCCAUUGGUCUGAACAUGUGUUCCCCUGCAGACCAAGAGCUCAUAAACUUGGCCAAGAUCCGCUACUCCCUGAAAGACACAGAUGAAGAAGUGAGGGAAUUCCUGCAGAAUAACCUUCAUCUUCAGGGCAAGGUGGAGGAUCCCUCCAUGCGCUGGCAAAUGGCUCUUUAUAAGGAGACUUCAGGCAAGGCAGAAGAUGCUGAAAACCCAGAGAAAGUCGUGAAGAGAGUACAGGAGGUUUCUGCUGUGCUGUACCACAUUGAAGUGACUGAACACCCUUUCAAAUCCAAGAAAAUGGUUUGGCACAAGCUGCUGUCCAAACAGCGCCGCAGGGCUGUGGUGGCCUGUUUCAGGAUGACCCCCCUCUACAACAUCCCCAGACACCGGGGAUCCAAUCUGUUCCUGGAUGGAUACAAACGCAACUGGUUAGAGAAUGAAGGCUACUCUUUUGAGGAUAAGAUGAUUGAUGAUUUAUCUAAAACCAUGGAGGAGGAGGAAGAGGAAGAGGAAGAGACGGAGGCGAAACCAGACCCUCUUCAUCAGCUCAUCCUUCACUUCAGUCGCACAGCUCUUACUGAAAAGACUAAACUUGAUGUAGAUCACCUCUACAUGGCAUAUGCUGAUAUUAUGGCAAAGAGCUGUCACAUUGGUGAGGAGGAGGAGGAGGAGGAGUUGGGCGAGGAGCAGUCCUUUGAGGUGCGACAGACAGAGAUGGAGAAGGAGAUGGAGAAACAGAGGCUCCUGUAUCAGCAGUCCCGUCUGCAUGACCGUGGGGCAGCAGAGAUGGUGCUACAGAUGAUCAGUGCCUGCAAAGGUGAGCCUGGAGCCAUGGUCUCUUCCACUCUCAAACUGGGCAUUUCCAUCCUCAACGGAGGCAACUGUGACGUCCAGCAGAGAAUGCUGGAUUAUCUGAAGGAUAAAAAGGACGUGGGCUUCUUCUUGAGCCUGCAGGCUCUAAUGCAGACCUGCAGUGUUUUGGAUCUGAAUGCAUUUGAGAGACAAAACAAGGCAGAAGGGCUUGGAAUGGUUUCAGAGGAGGGCACAAAUAUCAAGCUAGAACGGGAUGAGAAAGUCAUGGCAGAUGAUGAGUUCACAUGUGACCUCUUCCGCUUCCUGCAGCUGCUUUGCGAGGGCCACAAUAACGAUUUCCAGAAUUAUCUGCGCACGCAAACUGGCAGCACUACAACCAUCAACGUUAUCAUCUGUACUGUGGACUACCUGCUGAGACUUCAGGAAUCCAUCAGUGACUUCUACUGGUAUUACUCUGGGAAAGACAUCAUUGAUGAACCAGGCAAGAGGAACUUCUCCAAAGCUAUGACAGUCGCAAAGCAGGUCUUUAACAGCCUGACAGAAUACAUACAGGGCCCAUGCACAGGAAACCAGCAGUCACUGGCUCACAGCAGACUCUGGGAUGCUGUGGUGGGAUUCCUCCACGUGUUUGCUCAUAUGAUGAUGAAGCUGGCACAGACGCACCCUGACCCAGGACUCCGGAAUGGCGAUCAUUUCUGGAGUAGAACCCACUCUGAGGACUCCAGUCAGAUUGGUCUGCUGAAGGAACUUCUGGACCUGCAGAAAGAUAUGGUCGUAAUGCUGCUCUCCCUGCUGGAGGGUAACGUGGUGAAUGGCACUAUUGCGCGCCAGAUGGUGGACAUGUUGGUGGAAUCAUCCAGCAAUGUGGAGAUGAUCCUGAAGUUCUUUGACAUGUUCCUUAAGCUAAAAGACAUCGUGGCAUCAGAUGCCUUCCUUGAUUAUGUGACAGACCCGCGUGGCCUUAUCUCUAAAAAGGACUUCUCCAAGGCCAUGGACAGCCAAAAGCAAUACUCUCCCUCCGAGAUCCAGUUUCUGCUCUCCUGUUCCGAGGCUGAUGAGAAUGAGAUGAUAAACUUUGAGGAGUUUGCCAACCGCUUCCAGGAGCCAGCCAAAGACAUUGGCUUUAACAUCGCCGUACUGCUCACUAACCUUUCUGAACAUGUGCCUCAUGACACACGCUUACAGAACUUCCUGGAGCAGGCCGAAAGCGUGCUGAACUACUUCCGCCCCUUCCUAGGCCGCAUCGAGAUAAUGGGUGCCAGUAAAAGGAUAGAGCGCAUCUACUUCGAGAUCAGUGAGGCUAACCGUAACCAGUGGGAGAUGCCACAAGUCAGAGAGUCUAAGAGGCAGUUCAUAUUUGAUGUGGUCAAUGAGGGCGCUGAGUCUGAAAAGAUGGAACUUUUCGUCAACUUUUGCGAGGACACCAUCUUUGAGAUGAACAUUGCGUCACAGAUCUCUGAGCAGGAGGAAGAAGGAAAUGGAGAUGAAGAUGAGGAAGAAGAAGAGGACAGUGGUAGAGGAGGAGAAGGAGAUGGGGGGGAAGGAGAGGAAGGGAAUGGAGAAGAGGCUCCAGCUGAGUCCAGCUCAGCGUUUGCCGACUUCAUCAAGAGUGUGGUGAACUUCCUCAACCUGUUCACCUUCCGCAAUCUGAGACGGCGCUAUCGCAAACUUAGGAAAAUGACCAUAAAGGAAAUGAUUAUUGGCCUGGCCACCUUCUUUUUCACCAUCCUCAUGGGCAUCCUGCAUUUCAUCUACAGUGUAUGCAAAGGCCUCUUUAUGCUCAUCUGGAACACGCUGUUUGGAGGCGGCCUGGUGGAGGGGGCUAAGAAGAUGACGUUAACUGAAAUCCUAACCAACAUGCCCGACCCGACUCAGGAUGAGGUACAUGGUGACCUCCCACCUGAACCAGGAGCCAGGAAGGUCCAGGAAGCAGGUGGAUCAGGUGAAGGAGAGGAAGCUGGUGGAGGAGAGGAAGAAGAUGAAGAUGGGCAGGAGGCAGAAGGAGGAGGCAGGCCAGGAUUCGAUACCCCUGGAGGUCUUGGAGAUAUGGGAGAGACAGAGCCAGAGGAGCCCCCAACACCAGAGGGCACACCACUGCUGAAGAGAAAACUGCUGGAGGAAGGAGCAGAGGGAGAGGAAGAAGGAGAACCAGAGGUGAUAGAGGAAGAGCCAGCCCCAGAGCCAGAGAAGGCAGACGCUGAAAACGGAGAAAAGGCUGAGAAGGAAGCUGAGGCCAAGCCAGAGGAGGAGAAGGUGGAAGAAGAGGAGAAAAAAGUGAAGGUCAAAGCUAAAAAAGGGAAAGAAGCUGCUGAAGAGGGCUUUGAGUUAUGGAAUGAGCUGGAGGUUCAGAGGAUCAAGUUCAUGAACUACCUGUCCCGCAAUUUCUACAACCUGCGUUUCCUGGCUCUAUUUAUUGCCUUUGCUUUGAACUUCAUCCUGCUCUUUUACAAGGUGUCCAGUAGCCCUCCAGGUGAAGAGGACUUUGAAGGUUCUGGAAUGUUUGAGGGCUCUGGACUGUUUGAGGGUUCUGGUGGUGAGGCUGAAGGUUCAGGAAUGGAGGAGAAUGGAGAUGAGGAUGAUGAAGAAGGGCCUGUUUAUUACUUCUUGGAAGAGAGCACAGGUUAUAUGGAGCCUGCGCUUGCCUUUUUCGGCAUCUUACACACCAUCAUCUCCUUCCUCUGCAUCAUCGGCUACAACUGUCUUAAGGUUCCUUUGGUAAUUUUCAAGAGAGAGAAGGAGCUGGCCCGUAAGCUGGAAUUCGAUGGACUCUAUGUCACUGAACAGCCAGAGGAUGAUGACAUUAAAGGCCAGUGGGACAGACUUGUACUCAAUACACCAACCUUCCCUAACAACUACUGGGACAAGUUUGUGAAGAGAAAGGUGCUUGAUAAGUAUGGAGACAUCUAUGGUAGAGAGAGAAUUGCUGAGCUGCUCGGGAUGGACUUGGCAUCUCUGGAUGUUAGUCAAAUGACACAGGAGAAGAAGCCUAAACCGGACACCUCCAUGUUCACCUGGCUGACCUCCAUCGACAUCAAGUACCAGAUUUGGAAGUUUGGAGUUGUGUUCACAGACAAUACUUUUCUCUACCUGGUUUGGUACCUGGUCAUGUCCCUGCUGGGUCAUUACAACAACUUUUUCUUUGCCUGUCACUUGCUGGACAUUGCCAUGGGCGUGAAAACGUUGCGUACCAUCCUGUCCUCUGUCACACACAAUGGCAAACAGCUGGUGAUGACAGUGGGCUUGCUGGCUGUAGUGGUGUACCUCUAUACCGUGGUGGCCUUCAACUUCUUCCGCAAGUUCUACAAUAUGAGUGAGGAUGAGGAUGAGCCGGAUAUGAAGUGUGAUGACAUGAUGACUUGCUACCUGUUCCACAUGUAUGUGGGUGUGAGAGCUGGUGGUGGUAUAGGUGAUGAGAUUGAGGACCCGGCCGGAGACGAGUAUGAGCUCUACCGUGUGGUCUUUGACAUCACUUUCUUCUUCUUCGUCAUUGUCAUCCUUCUGGCCAUCAUUCAGGGUCUGAUCAUUGAUGCCUUUGGUGAGCUGAGAGAUCAGCAGGAGCAGGUCAGAGAGGACAUGGAGACCAAGUGCUUCAUCUGUGGAAUCGGAAGCGACUACUUUGACACGACUCCACAUGGUUUUGAGACACAUACAUUGGAGGAGCACAAUUUAGCCAACUACAUGUUCUUCUUGAUGUAUUUAAUCAAUAAAGAUGAAACGGAGCACACUGGACAGGAAUCGUAUGUGUGGAAGAUGUACCAAGAGCGAUGCUGGGACUUCUUCCCAGCUGGCGACUGUUUCAGAAAGCAAUAUGAGGAUCAGCUUGGCUAGUGCCAUAGAGUAUGUUCCGGUGUAUGUGUCUGUGUGUGCCUGAGGGUGUGACAGGGAAAGGUCAUGUAAAUGAAAGACAUCUUUGGACUGCAGAGGAAACAUGAUUGCUAUGUUUUCUUGUGUUACCAACUGAGAAAAGACGCCACACAUACCAGAGCAGGCACCCACACCCCUAGCCUUUUAUUAAGCCACACGAAUGAAUGAAAAUGAGAGAAAGAUAUGCAAAGUGUUUGUGUGUGUGUGUGUGUGUGUGUGUGUGUGUGUGUGUGUGAGUGAGUGAGAAAUAAGUAAAGAAGGAGAGAGAGAAGAAAAAGGACAAAUUGAUUGUAUGCACAGUUUAACUGCAACAUAUAGACAAGACUGAGAGGACGCAUGUUGCCUGUUUAACAAUUAAGCAACAAUUUAAUUGUUAAAUGUUUUAAGGAUUGAAACAGGCAACAUGCCCUUCUCUCAGUCUUGUCUAUAUGUUGCUAUGGAUCUUAAAACAUCACAGUGCCUAAUACUGAAUCAACUACAAUAAUGACAAGUAUGAUGAUACUGCUUUAUUGAUAGUCAGUAUUGAUCUUUUAUAUUAGACCCAAUAAGUCUAUGAGUAUUUCAGACUUAUAAUUUUAGUGUAAUGUAUGAAGUAUUUUGUCUGUAUUUAUUUAUGUGUAUAUAGACAUAUACCAGAGCCAUAUCACUGCUAAAGUCCUGCUCUGUGACCUAUAAGUCAUAUUUUAAGCCAGGCUAUUGACCUAUGUGUUUAUAUGACCAUUUGUAAAGUAAACCUACUUCUUGAGAGAAAAAAAAACAAACUCUAAAGGCCUUUUUGGGACAGUUUCAUAUAGCCUUUUUGGAUUAUUAGUGAGAUAUGAGCUUUAAGGCAGUGCUAAAACUGACCCAAACUUUGUACUAAUGUUAAAAUAACUGUACUGCACUACAAAGUCUUAGGAUGAGACACUGUUUCUGUGCUCCUCAUACUCAGUGCUUCUGCUAUGGAGAAUUUAGAUAUCUGCUAUUUCCUUUACUUGUGUAGAAUCACUGUAACUCGGCAAUGUCCAUUUGCUGUUUUCAUGGCAAAGAAGUUGAAAUGUUCAAUCACUGGUGACUUCAUUAGGUACACUUACAUUGUGUCUUUAUUCAUUGUCCAUUUUAUCAAGUCCACUUACCAUGUAGAGGCACUUUGUAGUUCUACAGAUUGUAUGCUUGCUAGCCCCCUUUAACCCAUUCAUCUAUGGUCAGGACUUCACUGGACCACUGCUGUGGGGGUAUCACUGCAGAUCUGAGAAUGAUCCCUGCUCAGUGGUGGUCCUGUGGGAAUCCUGACCGGUGAUGACUGGGGUCAAGGUGGCUAAAAAUUUGUGCAGAGAAUCUGUAGUUGUAAAACUACACCAAUAUGGUAGGUAAGCACACCCGAUACAGUGGACAGUGAGUGUAGAUACAACGUAGAUGCACCUAAUAAAGUGACCACUGAUUGUAUGUCACUGCAUGCAGGCGUUUUUUGUUUUGCCAGUGCAUUUCAACGCAUGAAUGUAUAGAAUACAUCCAUUAUGGCCAACCUGACUUUUUAAGAUUCUGACAAGAAGUACUUUACAUGCUGACUGAGAAAAAUAACUUAUUUUGUCAACAUAAAUAUAUAAAUAAUAUAUUUUUUCGUUGGAGCUUUGAAUUAUUCACACAUUCUAAGCCACUCUGUUCUAAAUGAAUAUGUAUUGUGUACUUUUUUUGUGAAAAGAAAAAACUGGUAAUGGAAAAGGAUGAGAGCUAUGUUCAGUUUGCAGUCAGACAAAUCAGGUAGCUUUGGUGUUUUUGCCUGCAGACUUCUGUUUCUUUCAGCCCGGUGCCACACGUCAUAGUUUUUUCCCCAAAUAGAGAAAUAAAUUGUUAAAUCUCUCUUGUUUGUGCUUCAUGUUAAGUCACAAAUAAGCCAAGAGAAGUGACUUCAUGCUCAAAGCCACACAUAUAGCCUCCACAUGACGUGAGAGUGGAAUAUGUGCCAGAACCGUGUGCCUGUGUGAACUGCUCUGAAAGCUGCAGGAGAGAUGUUGCUUUUCUUUAAAUCUGACUGAGUAUCUGCCAGAAUCCUAUGUUUCAAUAAAGAUUAAACUGAUUUCAGUAUUUUAA